AUGCGUAUCUCGACUACCCACCCUCUCGACGAGGCGUCCCAAGACUUCCCAUGGCUCGCCGGCACCAUUAUCGACCUCGCCGACAGGAUCUCCCUCGCCGCCGGCUGCUCGGACGAGACCAGCCUCGACCCCCGGAGGCAGGAGGAGAUGGAGAUGAGUCGCUUCCUCGAGUACUUCCCCUACGGGCGAGACUUCGGGCCGGUCAGCAUCAGCGCUGUGAUGCGGUUCUCGGAGGCCCUCACGGCAAGGCUGCGAAGCCGCGAGGACAAGACGGUCGUCCUCACGUGUCCGCACGAGGCAGAAGCUUGCGCCAACGCUGUCAUGCUCGUCGGGGCUCACUUGAUCCUCGAGGGCAGGUGCCAGGACGCGAUGCCGGACAUGAGCGCUGAAGCAAGGCGGGCCCUCCGGAGCCUCCCCCCGUACCGCGACAUCGCUGCGGGGUCGAGCAGGUUUGAGCUGCUGAUCGAGGACGUGUGGGCAGGGCUAUGGAGGGCCAAGGAGCUGGGGUGGAUAUCAAGCUGGGAUCGGAGGGGAGGAUGCGAGCUCGACCUCGAGGAGUACGAGCACUACGACAACCCGUACAACGGCGGGCUUCAUCAGGUUGUGCCGGGCAAGCUGGUCGCGCUCAAGGUGCCCUGGGCUUGCUCCAGCUCUGCUGGACCCGACACGCCGCUGAGCCGACCGCACGCGCAGGCGCCGUCGGACUCCAUGGGGGGGCGAGACUGGUGGGACGAGGGCUUCGUGCGCGUGGUAGGCGGGAGGAAGCGAGAGCGCGGGGCGGGAGCAGGUGACGAGGCGCAGUUCCACCCGCGGUACGUCGGGGAGCUGCUCGGAGACAUGCGAGUCAGACGCAUCAUCCGGCUGAGCAAAGAGCCGGCCUACCGCAAGGAGGCGCUGGAGGCUUGCGGGAUCGAGGUGCUCGACCUCGCCGACGAGGACUGGGAGGCGCCGUCGCCGGUGGCGGUGAGGCGGCUGGCAGAGGCCGUGGACGGGACAGACGGGGCGGGGGCGGUGCACUGCGAGCACGGGCUGGGGAAGACGGGGACCGCGGCAGGGACUGGAGGAGCUCGAGGCUGCGCUGAGGGCCCAGACAGAGAGCUGGGAAGGGCGUGGCGGAUGAUGAGGACAUGGAGCCAUCGCAUCACCCGUGAGAGGAUCUGCGCUCUCAUGCACCUCAGCCAGCCCGAGGCGGCGCGGCAGCUGGGCCUCUCCGUCUCAGCCCUCAAGAAAGCUUACGGCUCCUGCAAGGUCUCUGUGUGA